AGAGACAGGUGGGGUAGGCAGAUUUUUUUGCGCAUGCGGAAACCGCUGCCCGCUCCCACCUCUAACCCAGACUGAGAAUAGCUGCUGUUUCUGAACUGACGAUUCGUAAGGAGUUCCCUUGCGCGUUUCUCCUUUGCUGUGCCUUCUGCGGGCUUUUGCCGCACCACAGCGGCAUCCAGAGCGUGGCCUGUUCUCGCCUCCUUUCCUGACUCUCUGCAGGGGUUACUGCCGUGGGCCCAAGAGUUCGCUGUCGAAAGUGCCGACCCCCGCGCCGGCGCCGGGAUCAGCCGGGUGGGAAGGCUCAAGAUGGCGUGCCUAUUGGAGACCCCAAUCCGCAUGAGCGUCCUCUCGGACCAGGAUGUGAAAGUUACCUGGAGGUAACUUAGAAAAAUUCUUCAACAAAUUCGAGCCGUUUAACCCUGAGAGUGGAAGUAACAGCUAGCAGUCGCCACUAUGUUGACAGGCUAUUUGACCCUGAUCCCCAGAAAGUUCUACAAGGUGUCAUAGACAUGAAAAAUGCUGUAAUUGGAAACAACAAGCAGAAAGCCAACCUCAUUGUUUUAGGAGCUGUUCCAAGAUUGUUAUACUUACUUCAGCAAGAAACCUCAAGUACAGAGCUGAAAACUGAAUGUGCAGUGGUACUGGGAAGUCUUGCUAUGGGUACUGAAAACAAUGUCAAGUCUCUACUGGACUGCCAUAUUAUCCCUGCCUUACUACAAGGACUACUGUCUCCAGACCUGAAGUUCAUUGAAGCUUGCCUUCGAUGCUUGCGUACCAUCUUCACCAGCCCUGUCACUCCUGAGGAGCUCCUAUACACAGAUGCCACAGUAAUACCACACCUCAUGGCACUGCUUAGCAGGUCUCGCUACACCCAGGAGUACAUCUGUCAGAUCUUCUCACACUGCUGUAAGGGGCCAGAUCAUCAAACAAUUUUAUUUAACCAUGGUGCAGUUCAGAAUAUUGCUCACCUACUAACCUCUGUUUCCUACAAAGUUCGAAUGCAAGCACUGAAAUGCUUCUCUGUUUUAGCUUUUGAAAAUCCCCAGGUAUCGAUGACCCUGGUCAAUGUUUUAGUUGAUGGAGAAUUGUUACCACAGAUUUUUGUGAAGAUGUUACAGAGGGAUAAGCCUAUUGAGAUGCAGCUUACAUCAGCAAAAUGUUUAACUUAUAUGUGUAGAGCUGGAGCAAUUCGGACAGAUGACAACUGUAUUGUAUUAAAGACAUUGCCUUGUUUGGUUCGAAUGUGCAGUAAGGAAAGAUUACUGGAGGAGAGAGUUGAAGGAGCUGAGACACUUGCAUAUUUGAUUGAGCCAGAUGUUGAGCUACAGAGAAUCGCUAGCAUAACUGAUCACCUCAUCGCCAUGCUUGCUGAUUAUUUCAAAUAUCCCAGCUCUGUGAGUGCCAUCACUGAUAUUAAAAGGCUUGAUCAUGACUUAAAACAUGCUCAUGAACUCCGCCAGGCUGCAUUCAAGCUCUAUGCCUCUUUAGGAGCAAAUGAUGAAGACAUCCGGAAGAAGGUGAGUCUGGGAGAGGGGCGUCCCCCAGUCCUGACAGCCAGCAGGCAGGGAGUGACGUCAACCUGAAAGUCGUGGUGAAGAGCACUAACAGUGACUGUUUGAAUAUAAUAAAGCAGAGUGACUAAAGGCAUAAUUGAAGAAUGAAUGGGACCCGGAUUUGGGGGGUUGUUUGUUUGUUUUUAGAAACAUAGAGUGGCAUGGCCGUGCUGGAAUGACAAAUAACUGGCGUGCUUUUUGUGUCAUUAAUAUGGAUUAUGUUGCACAUUUUUUUGCAUGUGUUCUGAUAAAAAUCAAUUCUAGCACUGUGAAGCUUCAGACUCCUUGAAAGACCUAACACUAGAAUUGUAAAUGUUAUUUAUGGAAAUACCUUCUUUCCAAUGCCAUUGAAAAAUUCAAAUUUUUAUUGUAUAUUGUUCUUUGAUAUGUGGCUUAGUUAUGUUUUGAUUUUUUUUGCUACUGUGCAAGUUUGAUGUGAAUAAAAUAUUUGUGGAAUAAUGAUUUUAUGUUUAGUGAGUGGUCAUCUGAAUUUUCCAGCUCCUCAAAAAUGUUCACUGGUAUAGAACUCUUACUCUAUAGCCUAACCCAACACUGAAUUCAUGUUCUUUAUGAGAAUAGUUGUAGGCAAGGAGUAAACUGUGAGUGGCAGCCUCUGACCUGGCUCCCUGAAUCAACCAAAUGGCUGGAGCUUACCACUCAAAAUAAAUUCUACACAAGGCUUUUAGACAUCAGGGAGCAAAACAACAUGUUCUUCUUGAUGAGAAAUAACAACAAUAGCAAAUUAGUCAUUAUUUACUGAACAUCACAGUUUAUUAAAUCUCUCCAUCUGUAUUGGUAUUUUAAGGAGCACUGUGAGAUAAUCACAAAAUAUUGAGCCUUUACUAUAAUUCAAAGAACUAUUUGAGGCCUGUAGAGUAUGGAACAACCUUAGAAUUGUUGAAAUUACAAAUUGAAAGGGAACCAUUUUUGAAGAAAAUUGAAGUAAUAGCAGUAAGUGUAGACAAGUUAUUAGCUUUGAUUUAUAAUCAGUGCAAAAAACACAACAAACUGAAUGUCCUCCAUGUACCUAAUUUUAGUUUGGUUCACAAGAUGUUUUUGACUUGAAAUGUUUUCAGUAAAUGUCUAUAAAAAUCAUUUUUGACACCUCUAGACUCAUUUGUAAACUGUUACUUCAAGGCAAACAUACUAAUGACGUGAUAAUCCCUAUGUCUAAACAUGAUUUAUGAAUAUUGAUGCUGACAUGUUUUAUUCCGUUUAGGAACAUGGUAUAAUGCAAGGGAAGUAGCUUUAAUGACAACUCAUAUAAAUUAAAAAAACCUUUUUAAUUGACAUGAACUGUGUAACUUAAAUACAUGAUAGCUGUUUCUGGAUGGUUAUUAGGGCCAGUUGGAAAGAAAAAUUUUAGCCAUUUUUUUCAGCUUCCAAAGGUCAUGCCAUGAAUUAAAAGGGAGAUAGCUAGAUGGACCAUAAUGAGGGGAAAUAGGAUGUCCAUUUGUACUUCUUUGUACUUUUUUGUUAAUAAACUGUUGUUUUGCAAUUAAUGACUUAAUUUGUGAUAUCAUGUUUAGUCAUACUUACAACAUAAUAGUCUGAGUAGUUUAUUAAAACCCUUGUAUUUAUUAUGUGUAUACUUUUCUGGUAAGGCUAACUCCUGAUCAUUUCUGUAGAAAGAUGACAAAUAAAGAAUAAGUUAUUAUUUAUAGUU